AUGGCUCCAAAGAGAAAGGGAAGCUCAACUAGAUCAACUCUCUCUCCUUUUCCAUGGCGUUGGAACAUCUUUUUGAGCUUUAGAGGCGAAGACACCCGUUUCAAUUUUACGGAUCAUCUUUACAAGGAGUUGAUGCGGAUGGAUAUUCGCACCUUCAGAGAUGAUGAAGGACUUGAAAGAGGAGGAGAGAUUCAACCUUCACUCUUGAAAGCUAUUGAAGAUUCAAUGAAUUCUGUUGUCGUUUUUUCGCAAAACUAUGCUCAUUCAAAAUGGUGCUUGGAUGAGCUUGAUAAGAUUAUGCGGUCCAGGAAAGAAAAGAGACAAAUGGUUUUGCCAAUUUUCUAUCAUGUGGACCCAUCUGAUGUGCGGAAACAAAAGGGGAAUUUUGAAGAAGCAUUUGCACGAUACGGAGAAGUCACUGAGGAGAGGGUGCUGAGAUGGAGGAAGGCACUGACGGAAGCGGCCAAUUUGUCUGGAUGGCAUGUGCAGGAGGAUGGGUAUGAAACAGAGGCUAUUCAGAAAAUUGUUCAAGAAAUUUGGGAGUUGAUUUCUGUUAGAAAGCCCUUAGAUCUUGAUGAUAAACUGAUUGGAAUGGGACCUUGUUUGAAAGAUAUUGCUUCAUUAAUAUCUAAUGACUCAGACGAUGUUCGCAUGAUUGGGAUACAUGGAAUUGGUGGAAUAGGCAAGACAACCCUCGCUAAAAUUGUAUAUAACCAAAAUUUUUAUAAAUUUGAAGAUGCUUGCUUUCUUUCAAGUGUUAGCAAGAGGGAUUUGCUUCAGUUACAAAAUGAACUUCUUAAAGCUCUUACGGGGCCCUAUUUUCCAAGUGCAAGGAACAUUUAUGAAGGCAUUAAUAUGAUAAAGGAUAAACUCCGCUUUAGAAAGGUUCUUGUUAUUCUUGAUGACAUUGAUGAUCAGGCUCAAUUAGAAUUCUUAGCUGUAAGGUCUGAAUGGUUUGGUUCGGGUAGUAGAAUUAUUGUAACGACUAGAGAUAAACGUUUACUACAGGUGUUUCGAUUAUACGAGGUUAAGGAAUUAAAUUUUGAGGAAGCUCUUCACCUCUUUUCUCUGUAUGCGUUUACGAUGGAUGGUCCUCGAAAAGGUUUUAUAAAGCUCUCAAGAUGCAUAGUGGAUUAUUGUAAGGGACUUCCAUUGGAUCUUAAGGUUCUGGGUUCUCUCUUAUAUGGUAGGACAAAACCUGAAUGGGAAAAUGAGUCGGCUAAGAUGAGAAAAUUACGUAGUCAGAAAAUCCAUAGUGUGCUUCUUACAAGUUUUCAUGGACUGGACGCCAUACAAAGAAGAAUGCUCCUUGAUAUUGCAUGCUUCUUCAAAGGGGAGGAUAUAAAUUUUGUUAGAGAAAUACUUGACGCUUGCAAUUUCUAUGCACACAGUGGAAUAAGAGCACUCAAUGAAAAAUCUCUCAUUAGUGUUUCGAAUGACAAGUUAUUGAUGCAUGAUUUAAUACAGCAAAUGGGUUGGGAUAUUGUUCGGGAGAAAUAUCCUGAUGAACUUGGCAAAUGGAGCAGAUUGUGGGACCCUAAAGAUAUCUAUCAUGUAUUGACAACAAAUAUGUUAGGUUUUAUGCAUUUCGUGCUUCACUUAUCCCUUGUUCAUGGUUUUCAGGGGACACAGUGUCUUGGAAAGUUAAAAGUCAUCAAUCUCAGUAACUCUCAACACCUUGUGGAGUGUCCGAACUUGUCGGGUGCACCACAUGUGAAGAGGCUAAUUCUUGAUGGUUGUACAAGUUUGCUUGAGGUGCACCCAUCAGUUGCAAAGCUGAUAAAUCUGACCAUCUUGAACAUGAAAAACUGCAAAAUGCUUCACCAUUUUCCAAGCAUCACUGUAUUGGAAAAACUUGAAGUUCUUAACCUCUCUGGCUGCUCAAAACUUGACAAGUUUCCAGAGAUCCAAGGGUAUAUGGAAUAUUUGUCGGAGCUUAAUUUGGAAGGGACUGCUAUUGUAGAACUUCCUUCUUCAGUGGUGUUUCUUCCACAACUUGUUUCAUUGGAUAUGAAAAACUGCAAAAACCUUAAGAUUCUUCCAAGCAACAUUUGUUCUUUGAAAUCCCUUGAAACUCUGGUGUUCUCUAGCUGUUCAGGACUAGAGAUGUUUCCAGAAAUCAUGGAGGUUAUGGAAAGUUUACAAAAGCUUCUUUUAGAUGGAACGUCUAUAAAAGAGCUACCCCCCUCAAUUGUUCAUCUUAAAGGCCUUCAGUUAUUGAGUCUAAGAAAAUGCAAAAACCUCAGGAGUCUUCCGAACAGCAUUUGCAGUUUGAGAUCCCUUGAAACCCUCAUUGUCUCUGGUUGCUCGAACCUCAACAAAUUGCCAGAGGAACUGGGAAGCUUGCAAUACUUAAUGAUUCUUCAAGCUGAUGGACUGCCAUAA